GUGUGAAGACUACCAGCGGUCUCACGUAAAUACCCGCUAAAUAUAUCUUCACGGGAGGUUGUCUCUGAUUGGUAGUCGUUCGCCAAGCCUCGCCAAGCAGCACCACAGGUAGCCCAGCUAAAGCCUAUACAGACUUACAGUACAACCUAUAAAACGGCCGAUAAAUCGGCCCAUAGACCACACAGGAGAGACGUAUCACACAUUUCAUGUAAGGCAAGCUGUUUUUUUAUUGAAAUUCUUUCAUUUUCGUACGUUACAGAAACGAUAGGUUUUUUCCCCAUACAAAUCCUUAUAUUUUGAAUGUUACGUAACAACGCCGAUGCUCGCCGAUGCUUGCCUUCGAGGUUGGGCUAUCUGUGGUGGCACCGGUUCACCGGUUCACGGUUCGCCGGUUCUUAGUUUGGUCGUGACCAUGAAAACUGAAAGCCAACGGCUCUUCUUCUGUUUUCAGAACUGCAUCACUGUGACUCAGUGUGGACAUUUGUUUCUUAUGCCGAACAGUUGUCAUCUUUAGGUCCUUGAGUUUUACUCUGUAGCAGUUUCUUCAUGGCGCUAGACUUCGUGGCGGGAUGCCUUGGAGGUUAGUUCAAUGAUGAGGCUUUAGCUUAAAUUAAUUUUGCUACCGCGGGGAUUUGUGAAAAGAAAUUAAUUUGUGCGAUUGUGGUUAAUACUCAUUCUGUUUAUCAGGACUAUCUGGAAUUGUAGUUGGCCAUCCUUUCGACACUGUAAAGGUAUAAAGUGAUUUUUAAUAGCUGUUAAUAGUAGCUCUUCACGGGCCAACUUUUUCUGUCCACACAUGCGGUCGAGAUCGAUAUUUUUCGUUUGAAUUGUUUUAUUUUCCUGGCUUCACAUUUUUAGGUUCGCCUUCAAACUCAAGUAACCAGACGAUACUCCGGGACAGUGAAUUGUUUUGCUCAGAUAAUAAAGCAAGAAACGGUAAGACGAGACAGAGGAUUAUUUAAGCUUAAUGGCGCGGCCUAUUCAUAAAAUUGUAUGCAGCGUUUGUUGUUUACACGCAACAGGGUAGACUUGCUACAGGUCAUAGGAAGUUGAUAAAUUUACGUAAUUUCCUAGUAUGCGACAAUAUUUAACUGUUCUUGUGGUCUCUGUGGUAUACUGACGUUUUUCAAGUGGCGUAGUUUGCCGGGUGAUACGAGUGAAUAUUUUUCUUGGCAAACCUUCGAAAGAAUUAGCGAAAAGACACUCGACACUCGAUGAAAUUUGAUUGAAAGGAAUAGUUUGUGUAUCGUUUGUACUUUGUAUUGCCUUCCUUGCUUCUAGAGACUUCUGGCUGUUUUUUCUAUUCAAAUCUUGCAAGGCUUUCAUUGUGUCCUCUGACUUGCAAAUCCAGCAUCAUUGUUCUCUAACGGUUUGAUGAAAGGGCUGGGGUGUAAUAAAGUCCAAGGAAAUGUUACAGAUUUUAUAUGGAAAAUCUAAAGCAAGCCACUGGAGAAAUUUAUGCACAGGCACGCCCCGAAAAUUUUUUAGCACAAUUCUUUGCUUUGUAGCUUUAUUUAACAAUUGAUAUUUUUUUCAGAACAGCCUUUUUACGGAAAUUAUUUGACAUUAGAUUCUCAUACAAACACUGUAAUUUCUCACACAUUUGCCUACUCGUCAAGAUGGCGUCGAAAACCGUGACGAGGUCUGUAUACGCAAAUAUGUAGCAUGGAAUUGACAUCUCAAUUCUUAGAUGCAUAUGAUGAUAGUGAAAAGAUAGAUGAUACCAGAUAUGUCCCUAGCUCAAAUAUGAGCCCCUGGUUAGCUGUAUUGGAUAAGUGCCAGUCUGUCGAGUGGGAGACCAAGGGUUAAAACCACUCAUGGUCUUUAUGAAUAACUUAGAAGAAUAAGGUGCCUUAGUGGUGAAAUCUACAACAGUUGGAAUUUCUAGUCUUCUCAGACAUGGAUAAUAAACUGCUGGUUAGUCCUGUUUCACAACUCUUGCUCACUUAGAAUAUGUUGUUUGUAUAGAGCGGGGAUGUGUCCCCCAGUGUGGUCGUCAUAUAUAUCUUUGCAAGCAUGUGGUCUGCAUGGCUGGAUUAGCUUGAAGGGCUUCUUAUUGAAUGAGAUCAUAAUGAGAUCAGGGGUACCCAAUGAGAAUAUAGUUCAAAACCACUUAAAUAUAGCAUUGUUGAACGUAUUUUAGUAUUUAAACGGUAGAUAUAGGUAUAUUUUUAUGCCAUAAAACUUUUUCAUCUGUUUGGAUUUGCUAGCUGAAAGUCUUUGAUCGAAAGUUAUAGGGAUCAAAACUUACCUUUUCGAAAAUAAUUUCAGCCAGAAAAAAGGCUCCCGAAAAUUCUAGGUGACAUUUUCAGGGUAAAAAUCAGUUAAAAAUGGGCAAUUAUACCAUUUUUGGGGGGUUCGGAAAACCUAGGAGAGGCUGCCAAGCAAGAAAUUUAACAACAAAUGCUCUGAAAAUUCUAGAUCCCAAAUAAUCUUCCGAACAGAUAUUUUCCAAAAAUUGUUGUUGGGUGCCCUCAAUGAGAUGAUAAUGUACAUACAGUUAACUCUCUGUUAACGGACACCUAUAUUGGAUGGACACCUCUCUUGGUCCCAGCCGUUUUUCAGUCAUUUUACUGUAACUACACUCUCUAUAAGACGGACUUAUAUCUAAGCUGGACAACAGACACUUGAAUCCAUCAAUGGACAAUUGGGAAGUGCUUUAUGUUCUAAAAAAUAGCCCAAAACGGAAAUUCAGGUGCUAUCUAAAUGACCGUAAAUUGUAAAAUGGUUGAUAUUUUGAAGUCUUGCUCAAAGUGUAUACUGCCAUGAUUUUUGAGCAUAAAGCUGUGAACGUUUGUUUGUAAUAGCGUUUGAUUGCACAAUGAGAAAAUAAUUCCACUUUUCUGUUACAAUGUUCCAGUUUAAGCUGUUUUUUACAAGUUUAACAGACAUUAUUCAUUGCGAAUAGGUUCAGCUGUAAAAAUUAACAGUGUCACAUUGUAAUAAAGUCCAAGGAAAUGUUACAGAUUUUAUAUGGAAAAUCUAAAGCAAGCCACUGGAGAAAUUUAUGCACAGGCACGCCCCGAAAAUUUUUUAGCACAAUUCUUUGCUUUGUAGCUUUAUUUAACAACUGGUAUUUUUUUCAGAACAGCCUUUUUACGGAAAUUAUUUGACAUUAGAUUCUCAUACAAACACUGUAAUUUCUCACACGUUUGCCUACUCGUCAAGAUGGCGUCGAAAACCGUGACGAGGUCUGUAUAUGCAAAUAUGUAGCAUGGAAUUGACAUCUCAAUUCCUAGGUGCAUAUGAUGAUAGUGAACGGAUAGAUGAUACGAAAUAUGUCCCUAGCUCAAAAUAUGAGCCCCUGGUUAGCUGUAUUGGAUAAGCGCCAGUCUGUCGAGUGGGAGACCAAGGGUUAAAACCACUCGUGGUCUUUAUGAAUAACUUAGAAGAAUAAGGUGCCUUAGUGGUGAAAUCUACAACAGUUGGAAUUUCUAGUCUUCUCAGACAUGGACAAUAAACUGCUAGUUAGUCCUGUUUCACAACUCUUGCUCACUUAGAAUAUGUUGUUUGUAUAGAGCUGGGAUGUGUCCCCCAGUGUGGUGGUCUAUCUUUGGAAGCAUGUGGUCUGUAUGGCUGGAUUAGCUUGAAGAGGGCUUCUGAUUGAAUGAGAUCAUAAUGAGAUCAGGGGCACCCAAUGAAAAUAUAGAUCAAAACCACUUAAAUAUAGCAUUGUUGAACAUAUUUUAGUAUUUAAACGUUAGAUAUAGGUAUAUUUUUAUGCCCUAAAACUUUUUCGUCUGUUUGGAUUUCCUAGCUGAAAGUCUGUGAUCGAAAAAUUAGAGGGAUCCAAACUUACAUUUUCGAAAAUUUCAGCCAGAAAAAAGGCUCCCGAAAAUUCUAGGUGACCUUUUCAGGGUAAAAAUCCGUUAAAAAUGGGCAAUUAUAUCAUUUUUGGGGGGUUCGGAAAUCCUAGGAGAGGCUGGCAAGCAAGAAAUUUAACAACAAAUCUUCCGAAAAUCUAGAUCUCAAAUCGUCUUCCAAACAGAAAAAAAAUUGUUGUGGGGUGCCCUGAAUGAGAUGAUAAUGUACACACAGUUAACUCUCUAUUAACAGACACCCAUAUUAGAUGGACACCUCUCUUGGUCCCUGCCGUUUUUCAGUCAUUUUACUGUAACUACACUCUCUAUAAGACAGACUAAUAUCUAAGCUGGACAACAGACUCUUGAAUCCAUCAAUGGACAAUUGGGAAGUGCUUUAUGUUCUAAAAAAUAGCCCAAAACGGAAAUUCAGGUGCUAUCUAAACGACCGUAAAUUGUAAAAUGGUUGAUAUUUUGUAUUCUUGCUCAAAGUGUAUACUGCCAUGAUUUUUUGAGCAUAAAGCUGUGAACGUUUGUUUGUAAUUAGGGUUUGAUUGCACAGUUAGAAAACAAUUCCACUUUUCUGUUACAAUGUUCCAGUUUAAGCUGUUUUUUACAAGUUUAACAGACAUUAUUCAUUGCGAAUAGGUUCAGCUGUAAAAAUUAACAGUGUCACAUCACCUUGACUCUUUACAAGCUGGACAUCUCUCAAAGACAGACAGUCAGCACUGGUCUCGAGGGUGUCCGCCUUAGAGGGGGUUGACUUUUGACUGUCAGCCUAUUUUCUGGGCACUGGAACCCUCUCUCAGGAACUAAGGAACACAAGAAUGAUCCAUACAGAAACUGUGUGUUCAUUGUACAAUAGUCAAAAUAGAAGGAUUCAUAUGGGGAAACCAAUGUGGUUAUACAAAUAAGGAAUGAAUUCUGAAUAAGAAAAACUGCAUACCUCAUUUUUACCUAGCUUCGUGAUUGUGCUUCUUGCGCAGUUUGCUGGUCAGUGAUUGACAUUUUUGUUGAGUGGAUUUAGAUUUUACUGUUUCCUUCUCCAUUCACCCUUUCCCCAGCAGGGCUGUCAUUAAUGGUCAGGGAUCAGUGAUUUCCACCAGCUGUUAUGAAUAUGACUUGUGGCAACUUCGAAGGUCACAACUUUUAAAGGAAAAUAGAUUACCAAAUGAACCUCCUAGAUGUUAAAAUUCCCACGCAUUGAGUGCAUUUACAUUGGCAACUUGAAAUUUUAAAGACAGCCCUGCCCAAGGUUGGAUGGUUAAACAAAGUGACUGUUACUAAGUCGAUGCACUGAAGGAAAACAGCUAUAACUUUUUGACUUGAUAAUCUCUGUUAUCUUGAAAUCCUACGAAAGGGGUGUUGGAUUGUAAAAUCUGUGACUCACCAAGACACAGAGAAGUUGCAAAAAAUCUAGAAUUUGCAGCAAAAAGGCUUGUGAAAGAAUCACAGUCUCAGUCUCAUUCCAACCACUCAAAAUACAUCAUGGAUAAGAAUUUUGUGUUUAUUUUAUCCUCCUGAUAGCACCAGGUGCAAAUUCACCGAGAGACAAUCAUUGUCUUGCAGUCUCUUCACCAGUUCUGUGUGAAAUGAAAAGCAACCUAUAACAGGCACUUUCUCUGUCCCAGUGAAGAGUUAGUUUAUUUAACACUUUAGUUUAAUAAUCGCUGCUUUAGAAUCUGCUGGUCCCUUAUGACUUAUUUUUGCUAGUUGGCAACUAGAAAAUGUAUGUUUUUGCUGCAUGCUCUGAUUCUUGGUACCCUGGAUUUUCUAGGUUCAGUGCUUGUGGACUCCUUCAAAAUUUUUUUUUCUUCUUUAAGCUCAUCCCUGAGGGGCAUAGUUGUUUUAGUAUUUACCAAAUCGUUUAAUGGAUAAGAAUGAAAAAUUGUGUUCUUUUAAAAAUGGAAGAUUUCAGUGAGAAAGAGCUUUGUUUACUUUUUAAUUGCACUUCUUAAUGUAAAAUAUUUGGGUAUUUUGUCUGGUGUCUUUUCAUGAUUUUGUUUCAAAUUCAGUAAGAAAAUAAUUUUCCAGCCACUAACAAGACAAAUUGUGUUGUUUUCUUGGUAUUUUUGGAUAUGAGCUGCAUCCUUCAUCACUAAAUAUUUUUUUUUAAGAAACUGUUGUAAAACAAGAUGUGGGGCUCAAAAUUAAUUUUUUUGGAUAACUAGCCCUUUGGGUUAGUGGGCAUAAAUUUGACUAACCAAAUUAGAAAGAUUGUUACCUAUGGAUGGAUUGGUUUCAAACAGUGUUUGUUUAGACUCAUCAAUCUGUAACCAGGUGAAUGCCUUUUUUCAUUCUUCACGGAAAAUUCCUUCUUCUUGUUUUCGCUUUUCUUAUAAAAAAUUUGUACCACUUUUGAAGAGCCUUCCAUAGCGUUGUAAACUGUACUUGUUCUUUGCUGUUUUUCACAAUCUUACAUUUCCUCUUCACAACUUUAGUGCAGCCACCUCGUUCUGCAAAAGCUUUCCAGGGAUCUCUGCAUCUAAUGUGUAUAAUAAAUAGGUUGAACAAACGAGCCACUUCCAAAAGAAAAAAAAAACACAGAAAUUAUGCAAAUGUUUGGACAAUCAUUGAACCAAUCGAAAUCACUACAUGGUUUUCUGGUCGUGACGCCACUGCGUGGCAUUAACAGCUGGUCGAUUCAGACAUUAGUGAGGGAGUGAAAAUGACUAGAAGUAAUCUUCUGAAAUUCAUGCUACGGCUUUAAAUAAUAAUUUAUUAUCUGUUUCUCCCAUGACAGGUAUCUGGUCUGUACAAAGGCAUGUUAUCUCCAAUGGCAGGGGUAGGCCUCAUAAACGCCAUCAUAUUUGGUGUGCAAGGUAAUGUUUUGCGGUUUCUGGAGCCAGGGCUAUCAAGCCAGUGUAUUGCUGGUGGAAUUGCAGGUGCUGUUCAAUCGAUCGUCUGUUGUCCAAUGGAGCUGGCAAAAACCCGUGUACAAGUUCAGAACUUGGCAGGAAGAACUGGGCAGAGAUACCAUGGCUCAUUCGAUUGCUUACAAAAAAUUUACAAACAAGGUGGAAUUAAAGGCUGCUACAGGGGUAUGGCUUUGACUCUUAUAAGAGAGACUCCUUCCUUUGCUAUUUAUUUUGCAACCUUUGAAUUGUAUUGCGCUGCAUUGAUACCCAGAGGCCAAGACAUGGAUUGUAUCGGACCUCUUGGACUGUUAUUUGCUGGAGGAAUGGCCGGCAUCUCUUCUUGGUUUUUCACUUAUCCAAUAGAUGUUAUAAAAUCAAGAUUCCAGGCAGAUGGUGAUGGAAGAGAUCGCAGAUACCAAAGUAUACUGGAUUGUGUUAGAAAGACAUACCGAAGUGGUGGGUUACAUGCCUUUUCACAGGGACUUACUGCCACAAUCCUUCGGGCAUUUCCAACUAAUGCAGCCACAUUUGCAACAGUUACAAUAACUCUUAGAUUUGCAAGAAGCUAUGACAAACAGCUUGAACUUGCUUAAUUAUUUUUCUAAUUACAUACAGAGGGAUUUAACAUUGGUAUGUGACUUUUGAGGGAAUGAAGUUUAAGGGGGUUCAUUCUGCAAAUUUUUUUUAGUGCAACAAGGAAUGUUCUCCCUGUUUUUCAGUCCAACAUGUGUAAACAGGCCUUGUUGAAAGCCCUCUUGCUCCUAUUUCUGGUUAUAAUUUGCUUAAGACAAGGCGUUUUAAAGCAUGGCGAGAACAUAAUACUGAGAAAUAUUUUUGAUAAAUUCAAUUUUGUAAUUGUGCAGCCUUUAAAAAAAGGACAAGACAACUUGUUUUACUAACAAGCCAGCUACAUAUUAUGGUAAUGGAUAAAGGCUAAAGAUGCAUAGAAAAUAUUUUUUAUUGACUACUAGCUGUAACAUAUUAUUGUACAGCAUCUUCUAACCAAGAUGUGAUUAUCACUUAUUGUUAGCAAAUUGAACUGUUAAAAUCCUCAUAUUAACAACCUUUAUUUGAUUAUCACAACUCGAUGUUUCUUGCAGGUUCAUAAAAGUAAGUUGUCGCUAAAAGAUUUAAAAGCAGUCAUUUUGAGUGUAGCUCUUCAUUGGUGUGAGGUCUCUAAGUUAAUGUGAAGGGUUUCCAACAAAAUGUUGCUUUUGAUUCUCUUUUUAGUGGACAUUAAAUGUAAUAAAACGACGGAAUUUUGCAUUUUAAAUUUAACAAAUAAGUUAAUUAGUGGAAGUAGAUGAGAUGUUUCAUGUUUGACAUAAGACUGGCAGACAGCUGGUUCUGAAUAACCUAGUCAUAUUCCAGCAAUUAGUCAGCUCUCUCUAAGUGGACACUUCUAUAACAUGAGGCUACAUUUUACAGACAGUCAUCAAACAAUGGCCCCCCAGAAUUUUCUCAUGUCUAGCUUUUAAUUCAUCCAUGACUUUACCAUUUUUAAGAUGAACUAAAAUCCUCUGGAACAAUUAAUGUCUCAUAACUUCCUUACAACUUCAUGUACUUUGCUUGAUGUUGGACUGCAUCAGUUUUUGUCUUGUAUGACCAAAAUGAUGAGUUCUUCAGAGAUUUGUGCUUACAUAAAAAAUGAAUUAUCUUUUGCCCUAAAACUGACCCAUAGAGGUGUUUCUUUCAUCUCUUCUUUCUCACGUUUUUAGGACUUCUCGUACACCUCUGUAAACCUGUCCCAUGCUGGUGAUGUACAUCUUUGAGAAAGUUGACUGUACUUCUGAUAUUUUAUGUAAAAGGAAUUUAAAUUGUGGGCUCAACUUAAAUUAAGCCCACCACACAUUAUGCUACAUUGUGGAUUAUACCAUUCCACCCCCCCCCCCCUUUUAUUGAGAGGACGGAACCGCUAUUAAAGUGAUAUACAUAAUUUCUCCAUACCAAAUUUAUGUGGUGUAACAUUAAGAAUUUCUCAAUAUUCUUGGGUAAAAUAUUAUUUUAUUUAUAGUUUAGUGCACAAGGCAAGUUUAGUCAUUUAAGAGGUUGAGGGGCCCCUUUGCACUAAAGUAAAAUAUUUUGUUUGUCUCUACAUAAAUAGUGAAAGAUUUUUGGGAAACAACAUCUCAGCCUCCUGUUAAACCAUUAUUGUUUUUGGUGACAAGAGAUGAUGUAGAAUAAUAUUAUAUGUCUGUUGUAGUUAAUUUUUUAUCUCAGGUAAUUUUUGUUUUUCUUUUGUUUUUGGGUAUGAUAAUGUAUGCUAACGAAGUUGAAACAAAGGAAAAAUAAAGAUUACCUGAGAUAAAAACUUAACUACAACAUGUCCAUUCACCAUUUUCACAUAGACCUUCCCCCACAUAUUUUGCUUAACCAUUUUUUCCAAUUUCUCCUGAGUAUUACAGUCGUCCCAAGGAAAUCGAAGGCAAUGGUCAUGCCAAAUUUUGAGGGUAAACAAGGUACAUUAUGGUGUAUGUGAAAAUGGUGGAUAUUGUUUAUUCCUUUCUGAACACCAAGUGCUAGCAUCCAAAACUCUGCCUUAUAACAUGCCUUAGUGGCACUUAAAAAAUGAUAGACUGGUCGUUGUAAUGUUUUUUAUUGUUUUUGGCAUUUGAUCCCGAGAUUGAAAAUUAAGUAGAAUUUCAAAGUGGUUUUUGCACUUUUUAAGCACAAUUUUUUCACCAGAAAAAUAAGUCAUUUCUGAGUUCCCCUCAGGCCUCUGUUUCAAAACGAGGGUAGCCUUUGAUAUGGAAAUCAUUUUUCACUCUCAUGCAAAUAAAACUCAUUUUCACAAGAAAGAGUGUGCACCUAGCCUCAUUUUGAAAGUGAGUGUUUUUGGAACUCGGAAGUGGUCUAUUGCUUUAAGUGCAGAUGGGCCCUUAGUCUAGUAUAAAAUAAUAUUUUUGAAUAUUUUAAAAAGUUGUAAUAGGGUAACUUUAUUUAUUUCUCCUGUAAUAAAACUUGCCUGAGAC